AUGUGCGUUGGCCACCUUGCAGACAACAAAAUCAGUAUCGGAGAACAACAGCCGAUGCUGCGCUGUCAUGGCGCCCAAGAACAACAGAUCCCGGAGUGGUUGCUCUAUCGCUUGACUUGCCGUCAAAGGAAGCUCAAGUGCAGUGAGGAGAAGCCGACGUGUGCGCAAUGCGUCAAGGCCAACCGUGAAUGUGUGCCGAGCUCGGGCAUCACCUUUCGCCAUCAGCAGAAUCCGUCUAUGAAUGGCGACAAGGGCGACGACAGUCUGAAGAGCUUCUACGGCUAUAAGGAGACCUUUGCCAAGGAGACGCAAUGGGUGUCAGUACCUACAGAUCUGACGUUCAUCCACACCACCAACCCGUACGAGGAUGAGGAAGGCGAGGAGCUCAGCGCAUCUCUGCUUGAUCCCAAUACCCAGUGGUUGGCGGUUGAGCAGCCUGGCUUCCAUCACUCGAGACCGGUAGGAGACUUUACCCUCCCUCAAUCAUCCUAUCCUGCGUACGCCACACAUGGACUGGAAGCUCUCAGUGCGGUCGCCAGCCAAGAUCAAUACAGCUUCGCCCCACCACCAGCGCCGAUGAGCCGCCAUGAACGGACAGCAUCGCUACAGUCGCAGCAGACCCAGCCCAUCAUAUCACCACCGCCAAGCCAUGCAACACCGAGCCAGGGACUGGAUUUCAUCCUUAAUCCAGCAUCGAAUCUAUCUCCAGCGGAGAGCAACCUCGAUCCGCAACUGCACCCUCAAACACCCACAGCCGCAUCCGUAAACACUCCACUUACCCCUUCUCAUGUACGUACCACAUCGUUAUCUACCGCCGGGCGGACAAGCUUACGUUCCAAAGGACAUCAUCGACGACCUGCAAUUGAGGAUCCCGAGCUAGCGUUCCUGCUUCGCGAUUACUGCGAGCGACCUGGAUUAUGGAUGGAUCUCUUCGACCUCGAUUUGUUCUUCGCUGCCAAGGUCCCUGUUCUGGCGGUCACUUGUCCCUUGCUAUUAUACAGCUGUGCUUCGUUAUCGGCCAAGAGUCUUGCUCGGGUCAAUGGGCGGAAGCCCGUCAUGGGUGGACAGGUCUCCACAUCUCGACAGAGUAAAAUGGAGUUCUGGCCAGGUCCUACGCUGGACCAGGAAGGCUGGGUCAGAAAGGGCAGAGAGUACUACGAUAUUGCCGUAUCCCUCCUGCGGCAAUCGUUAGCUGGUGCCUCACGACCGCCGACAUCAUCAUUACCCGAGGACGCCACACCGGGCACGAUUCACACCGCACAAGGUUCACCUCUCCCCACGACAGACUCGGACGAACUAGUAGCUGCCACAGCCAUUCUUUGCGUAUACGAAUUUCUAGACGCCUCAGGAGCCGAAUGGAGUAGACAUCUGGACGGCGCAAAGACACUAUUCGACAUCACGAAAGACCAGGUCCUCACACUGCCACCAUCGCCAGUCUCAAUCGCACAGCAGGUCACGCAGCAGCUGGCGAGCCAGUCUGGGUCAGUACAGCCAAUGCCGACACCAAGAAGAGGUCUCAGCCAAGGCCGAAGGGCGGUCUUCUGGAACUUUGCGAGGCAGGAUAUGCUUUCGGCGUUUAUCAAUAACACCUCCACACGUCUGGAUACUGGCGAUCUACCGAUGUGGCGAUCAGCUGGUCUGAAGCUCACACCAGAAGGCUUCGUGUCGACGUCGAAUCCGUCAGAUCCGGAGUAUACCUCCGACCAGGCUAUGAAUGACGAUAUGGUCGGGAACGCCCUAGCCUGGCUCGUAAUGAAACUCGUAAAUUUCAUAGCAGCCGGCGACGACGUCCCCUCCAACGUCUCUCCCCUCGGCCUCGGUGUCCGCCAGCGCGAACUCCUCGACUACUGGGAAUCCCUCAACGAACAACUCGUCGUUUGGCACGACGGCCUCCCCGCCAUCUUCCACCCCACCGCAAUCCGCGGCUCGAACGGCGAAGAAUGCGGCACGGAGAAGUGGUUUCCACUCUCGAUGUGUGCUAGCACAAUGCAAUGGUUCAACUUCGCGAGAAUCCAGCUCCUGCAUAACAAACCACACCUAUCGACUGCAACGCCUGUGCUGGGAAUUCUGGGAGCUGGUGCGCCGGGAACAAGUCUGGCGACGAGGUAUGCUAGUUAUGCAAGCAUUCUGCAACAGUCAAGAAGCCAUGCAAAGGAGAUUGUGGCGAUUUCGCUCGGGAGGGCUGACGAAGGGACUCGUGUACAUGCUGUGCAGCCGCUCUGGACUGCUGGGCUUGUUUUGGGUAACGAUGACAGGCCCGGUGAGAAUGGUGAGGUCAGUGCUGAGACCGAAACGUGGCGGCGGACCAUUGUCCGGUUGCUGCGCGGCAUUGAGCGAGAUAUGGGCUGGGCUAGUGAAUAUCGUGUGCAGAGUUUACUUGAGCUUUGGGGUAGUCUGCCUUCGGAUUGGCCUCCUGGUGAUAGUCCGGUCGAGCAGCUCUGA